ACUCUUUCUCUCUCUUGACUGUCAGUGUCAGAAGGAAAAACUAGUUUUUUUCUUUGGUAGCAUAUUUUCCGGGUCCUCAGAAAGUGAGAGAAAAUUUUCGCGCGCUAGAGGGAAAAUCCAGGAGACGACGACGACGACGACGAGUCCACUACUCACAACCACUCUCUGACCUUUGCCUCAGACGAAGUGUUUCUUUGUGUUUCUUUCUUGGAAGAGCGACAAUUCUUUUCUUUGCUUAUAAUCUACGUUGGUUUCAAGUGGAUUUUUAAUUUUGCUUGAUUUCUUUAUCAAGAAAUCAAAUCAUUUUGGGGAAGUUGAUACGUUUCGGAUCUGUAUCGGUUGAUAAGGGUUGCAGAACUUUCAGCGAGAACUAUUGUCUCACAAUGCCCUGGCAGCUAAUAUGUUCCCGUGAAGGUUUAAAGCUACUGUACAAUCUAGUUUCAACUUAGCUAAUACUCUUUUAGAUUCCGUUGCUGACAUGGGAGUUAGCAUUGAGCUUAAAAACAGUUCUAAACUUCGGAAUAUCUCAAAACCAGCGCAGGAGAGGGUGUUCUUACCCCCUUUAAAUAGAAUUCCUAAGACUCAUGACAGAUUAAAAGCAAAAAAACAUGUUGAUUCGCCACACAGUAUUGCGCGUUGGCAUUUAGCGAGAGAUACAGCAAAAUCUCCGGGGAGUCAGUUUAGCCAAAGGAACAAGGGGAAGGUAGUUGGAGAUGGUGAGCUUGUCAAGCAUAUGUCGAACUUGCCAGUUUAUCUGCAGCGUAUCGAGAAGGGAGAAAACUAUCCGGAAAAGAUUUUAAAUGUUGGAGUUCUUGAUUGGACUCGACUAGAACAAUGGAAGCAUGGAAAUAGUAAUAAUGUCUUAGAAAAAGGCAGUGCUAGUACAUCAUGCAGUAGCAGUUAUUCAACACAGAAAAGGAACACUGGAUCAUCUAGGUCUUCUAGCUUAGUUCAUGCUGAGAGACUUUCCGAGCAACAUCCUUCACUUAGUUCUAGCCUUGUGUUGUCUAGUGAGGAUGGCCCCUCUCAAGAUGUCAAAGGCCCUGUGCAGAAUGCUGUACGCUUCCAGGACCUUGAAGCUUCAUCAAGGAACACCAUUGCUGCCAAGAAAAGCUUUAAGUCUUUUGAAAGAAAUCACUCGAUUACAAUUGUUGAAAGGGAGAAGAUAAUAGAUGAAGUCCGGAAGAACGCAUCAGAAAUUGGACGAGGGUCAGGAAAAUAUAAAAGUUUGGGGACCUCGCAUCAUCCCAAUGAAACUUUAAGCUCCUGGGAGAGUAGAUCUAAGAAGACCAUUGAAUUUUCACAUGAAACAAAUAGCUUGAGAACAAAUACUGAUAAGAAAUCUGUUUCAGAAGUUGAAGCAAUGUCGACUAAAUUGGGAAGUUAUGAUAUCUCAGUUAUGUCUAAGGAAAGUACGAGUUCUGGCAGUUUGGGAUCCAAAAACUGGGCACAGGGUCUGGAACAGGUUGAAAUUGAUAAAGUUAAUCAGCGUGUUUCUGAGAAGGGAAAUAGUAUUGUUCUUCUGCUACCUAAAGAGUCACCCCAAAAAGGAUAUCGUGAAGUAUUGCAGCUUUCACAACGUAGAAAGUCUUUUGAUCAAAAUUUGACUGGACUAAGUAAGAAUUGCUUAUCAGAAGACUCUGAUUCUACCAACAACAUAAACUCUUCAAAACUUUUUCCCGAAAUUCCACACUCGUGCCCACUUGCUUCUUCUGUUCAAACUAAUACCAUCUCGGAUAGGAUUCGAAAGGGUAUGACUAGUAACUACAGUGGAGAGCUUUCAUCUGCUGUAUCUCACACGCUCUCAUGUUCAGAAAAGACAGAAGAUCUCCAUUAUAAGGAUAAAUAUGUAAUUAAGAAUCAGUCCAACGUGAAGGCUGCAAACUCAAGUGUCCUGGAUCGGGAUCCAAUUGCAACUUUAAGUGAAGAGGCUACCGAGCUGACAGCUAACAACAGUAGAAAUCCAUCUCCUCAUCGUCGAUUUAGCUUCAGCUUAGGUCGGAUGGGAAGAAGCUUAAGUUUCAAGGAAGGCUCGACAGCUUCAAACCCACAGUUGAGUUCUACGCAUGUGACUGUGAAGUCUGGUCCGGUGACUUCUAGUGCGUCUGAUUGUGGUGAUUAUCAGAAUAAAGAUAAAGUAAAAGGUCACAACAGAGCCAGGUCCAGUCCUUUAAGGAGGUUACUAGAUCCAUUACUGAAGCACAAAGAAGCAAACACACCCCAUCAUUCUGAAUCUGGUUUACAGCCAAAAAGCAGCUUUAGCUCUUUUAGUGGGCCUGUUUACUCAUUUCCAAAUGAGAAGGUUGAAGAAUCUCAGGUGCAGGCUCUUUUGCAGCUGAUAAUCAAUAAUGGGAUUCCAUUGUUCAGGUUUGUGGUCAACAACAGCAGCAACAUUCUAGCAGCAACAAUAAAAAACCGCACAUCCAGUAAGGAUGAUUCAGGCAGUAACUUCACAUUUUAUAUGGUCAAUGAAAUUAAGAAAAAGAGCGGUGGAUGGAUAAGCCAAGGAAGUAAAAUGAAAUAUGUGUACAACGUUGUUGGUCAGAUGAAGGUUUCGGCAUCUGAUUUCUCUUGUACGAGUGAACUGGACAAUGCUGAGUGCGUGUUGAGAGAGUCUGUUCUCUUUGGGGUUGAACGAAAACAAGUAGAUCAAGGAUCACCUAAGUUCAUACCUAAUAGGGAGCUUGCAGCAGCUGUUGUCAAGGUCCCCAGAAAACACAAAGAAUCAACGGAGAAAGGCUAUGUAAAGUGUAUUCCUCAGAACCAAUCCUCUUUGAAAGUAGGAGAAAAUGAACACUUAAACCAUGUUACAGUAAUACUACCAGGUGGUGUUCAUAGCAUGCCAAACAAAGGAGAGCCGUCACCACUGAUUCAUCGAUGGAAAUCUGGUGGGUCGUGUGAUUGUGGAGGUUGGGAUGUUGGUUGCAAGCUCCAAGUUCUCUCUGACGAAGAAAACUCCCUCAAGGGUCCAUUCUCAGAUUGCCUUGAACUACACGUUCAGGGAGGAGGGCAACAACAAAACAUUCCAAUUCUCAGUUUGAUGCCUUCCAAAGAUGGAAUAUACUCAGUUGAAUACAAUACAUCAAUCUCUCGAUUACAGGCCUUCUUCAUUUGUGUAGCAGUUUUGAGCAGUCAAAAAGUGCCGGACCUGUCAACAAUAACAACCCCACCUGAACUAUCAAAGGUCUUUGAUCAGUCUGAUAUGAGUGAUAGAAAUGGGUACCGAGUGAAAUUGCCAUUGCCAACAAAAUAUGCUCCAACCCCACCACUCUCUCCCGUUGGCAGGGUCUAGUUUUCUAAUCGAAAAAGAUUGCCCUGUUAGCCAUGUCUGAUCGUCAAUGGUCGGCCUUCCAAUGCAUGUUAGAGUGGGAAAAGCUACGUCGUACAUGUAUCAUGGUUAACCUGAAAGAUCUUUGUAUGUAUGGUAAAGUACCUUUUGUGUAUGACCAUGGUAAUUGUCAGGUGGUUGUACUAGUACCAAGCAGUUGUAUUGUGUAAAGAAGAUAAACUCGUCUAUUAUAUACAACUCAUAAAUUUGAUCUCCA